AUUCACUUUGCUGCUUUGCCGCUUCUCGCUCGCUGUGUCUCCCGCUGCUUCCGAUGGCUUUCGCUCUCCGGCCGGAUCCAAUCCUUUAACCGAGAAACUUUUCCUGCCUUGUCUUUUUUUCCACUCUCUCCUUCGAGGAGAAGAUUAAAAGUUCCCAGAACUGGUGUAGCCCGUGUCACUAGGGCACCAGGAAGGUGUUCGCCGCCGGGUUCCCAGGCUCAACCAUGUGCACCAACAUAGUUUACGAAUGGUUGAAAGCUCUGCAGCUCCCGCAGUAUGCGGAGUCCUUCGUGGAUAACGGCUACGAUGAUCUGGAAGUAUGCAAGCAGAUCGGGGACCCGGACCUGGACGCCAUCGGGGUGCUGGCUCCCAUGCACCGUCGCCGCAUCCUGGAGGCUGUGCGCCGUUUGCGGGAGCAGGACGCGGCCGCCGCGGGUCUCUACUUCACCCUGGAGCCUCAGCCGGUGCCACCCGCACCGCAGGUGAACGCGGUGACCCCAAGCCACCGGGGGGAGCCCUGUGGCGGCUCGGCCCAGGGCACUCGUGGGGACCCCCGUGGCCAGGCGAGCGCGCCGCGCAGCAGGGAGCUGGUGAGCUAUCCCAAGCUGAAGCUGAAGAUCAUGAUCAGGGAUAAGCUGGUUCGAGAUGGCAUCCACCUGAGCAAGCCCCCGUACUCCCGCAAGGUCCCAAUGGCUGGCAUCCUAGAGUACUUAAUGAAUUGGCCGAAGUCAUCACAGAACCGCUAGAUAUCAUUUUUGAGAACUCGUGGAGGACUGAUGAGGUGCUGAAGACUGGAAAAGGGCAUAUUUAGAACCUUCUUUCACAAAGGGAACUGGAUGGUGACCCUGGAAAUCCUCAUCAGCUUAACUUUUUGCUUGGAAAAUUCUGGAGUAAUCAACUUAGUAAACUGGGUAACUGACUUGUAGUAGUUAGAAGCAAGCCAGUGAAUAGCACUCUUGAGGUGCUGGGCUCGGUUUUCAAAGGACACACCAUAUGGGAAGAAGCCUUGUCCGUCUCUUGGGCUUCUACCCUUCAAUCUAUGAAUUCUUCAUGAAAAUAGGUGAGGUUGACUAAGGCACGUGGGCAUUACUAAUUUUAAGUACAAUAUAUAAAAGUAGGUUUCUGGCGAUAACUAGUUCAUUAUAUCAAUUCCAAAUUAGCCUUUACGUGGAGAACAGAAACUUUGACUUAAGUUAUGAUAUUUCAUAUACUCAUAUAGUUUGGUGAAGGAAUUCUUAUUUUAAAGUUCUUUAUGUAAUUAUUUCACAUAUAGGUAUAACCAUAGAACUGACAGAUCAAGGGAGAACACUAAAGGAAGAAAACUUAUAACUUAAAAAUAUUGAUCUGGCUGAGGUAUGACAUAAUAAGAAUACCAUGUGUUGAAUAAUACUGAGCAAGUUUAUACUUCCUCUCUGCUUGGAGUUUGCACCAUCCUCAGCCCUUCCUGAGUUGCCUCAUCCUACUGCCCACCUUUCUCACCCAACCUCCUUCAUUAGGGUUCUGAAAGCAGGCCUGGGGACUGGGAAGUGGACAGUGGCAGCAGCCAUGAGGGACUCUGUCCACCUACCAUCAGGAGAGUAAAGGAAACAGGGAGGGAGCUAGGAAGGAAAUUAACAUGAGCCUGAAGUUUUUCAGAUUCUCAUUGCUAUUUCCUUUGCGUGUUGGUCGCAAUAAGAUCUAAACUUAGUUAAGAGGAGACCAUGGAAGAUUUAAUAAUGUAACACUAGGCUAGGACUGGCACGUUUAGAGCCCCUUAGCAGUACUGUAUUGUGGAAUCUUCUCUCUACUUCUUAAAGUAUGCAAAAGAUGUAAGUUUAUAUCACAAUCAUGGUCCAGAACAAGAAAAUUUCAAAGGAAAAGAGGUUGACAUUCACCUUGUCCCUAGGAAUACAUUGACAGUUAAGAAGGGACUAGGCUUCUGAAGGCAUUCAUGACAAUGUUGUUUGUGAAAUCGAAAGUUGAAAUAUUUGCGCUAGAUUUAGAGAUGAAUUUAGUUACUGCAUAAAGUCUGUAUCAUGCUUAAAUACAAAUCUAAGGAGGUUCUAAAAGCAUGAGCAACUUAUCCCAUAAGUGACAUGUACUGUGCCAUUAUACAGGGAUUGUACUCCAGUCAACUGUUUGUCACCUUUUCAAAUAAACUGGUCUCUAAAAUAUCCAUCAGAUUUUUUAGAGGGGUGUGGGUGUCUGAACAGACUACUGAUGUGAUUUAUUGUGCUAAUAAAUGGCUUCCUGCUUAAGACCUCAUUUCCAGGUGCUGCAUCUGUGGCAGAUUUAUUUCACAGAUGUACAUUUGCAUUGCUGGACUGUGCCUAGAAAGGACCCAAUUUCUCACUAUUAUUUUCCCCAGGGGCAAUAGAAUAAAAUCUACUGCAACCCAAAAAGGGUUCUUGGGUCAUUUCAAGUUUUAUUUUCCAUUUGAGUAAUAUCUGACUUCAAUUAUUUGACCACAUUUAAAUCUUUUCUCUGUGUCACUAUUGGAAUUUCAAAUUAAAAUAGUCUAAAAUUAAGAAUCGGAAUAUAGAAUGGUAGAAUAGCCAGUGGGCCUGAAAGACUUCUUAGUUAAAGCUAAAUGAGGAAAACUUUGGGAGGAAAGAACUUUGGGAACUCCUUGAUAUUAAAUCAAGUUGAAAUAAGAAAAUAUAACAGAAAAAGAGUCUUUUUACCUUGAAGUGCAUCUAUAAAUAAUUAUCCUUAAGAAGAAUAAAUUUUUCACAGUUUAUUCCUUUUAUCUGUGUACUGAUGAUGUCCUUAAUAUUUGAAUGUAAAGGAAGUAACAGUUUAUUAAAAUAUGUCAGCAAGC